GUUGGGGACAGGCGGUGGCAUCAGGAACAGGUGGUGGUGUCAGGAACAGGUGGUGGUGUCAAGGACAGAUGAUGGUGUUGGGGACAGGUGGUGGCACCAGGUACAGGAAAAUGUGUCAGGAACAGGCGGUGGCACUGGGAACAGGCAGUGGUGUCAAGGACAGGCGGUGGCAUCAGGGACAGGUGGUGGCACUGGGUACAGAAAUUGUGUCAGGGACAGGCGGUGACACCAGGGAGAGGUGGUGGCACUGGGAACAGGCAGUGGUGUCAAGGACAGGCAGUGGCACCAGGGACAUGCAGUGGUGUCAAGGACAGGCGGUGGCAUCAGGGACAGUCGGUGGCACUAGGUACCAGAAAUUGUGUCAGGGACAGGUGGUGACACCGGGGACAGGUGGUGGCACUGGGAACAGGCAGUGGCAUCAGGGACAGGCGGUGGUGUUGGGGACAGGUGGUAGCAUCAGGGACAGGCGGUGGCGUCAAGGACAGAUGAUGGUGCUGGGGACAGGCGGUGACACCAGGGACAAGUGGUGGCACUGGGAACAGGCAGUGGCGUCAGGGACAGACAGUGGUGUCGGGGACAGACAGUGGUGUUGGGGACAGGCGGUGGCACUGGGAACAGGCAGUGGUGUCAGGGACAGACAGUGGUGUCGGGGACAGGCGGUGGCACUGGGAACAGGCAGUGGUGUCAGGGACAGACAGUGGUGUUGGGGACAGACGGUGGUGACACCGGGGCCAGGCAGUGUCACUGUGGACAGGUGGUGGCACCAGGGACAGGCGGUGACACCGGGGACAGGCAAUGGUGUUGAGGACAGGUGGUGGCACCAGGGACAAAUGGUGGCACUGGGACAGGUGGUGGACACCAGGGUGGGGCAGGAGGGAGGGGGACACACGUGUGUCCCCGUGUCCUCAUGUUGUCCCCCAGUGUUCCCAUCUGGGUCCUUUUGUCCCCACGUUCUCCCCGUGUGUGUCCCCGUGUGUGUCCCCGUGUUCUUACGCCCUCAAGUUGUCCCCCGUGUCCCCAUGUGUCCCCACGUGUGUCCCUCUAUCCUUUGUCCCCAUGCAUUUCCCCGUGUCCUUUGUUGUCACGGUGUCCCCCGCGUGUCUGCGUGUCCCCCCGCGUGUCCCCAGGUCCCUCCGUUUGUCCCCACAUCCCCAGAUCUUUAUGUCCCCCUGUGCCUGUGUGUCCCCGCCGUGUCCCUGUGUCCCCUGUCCCCACAGUCCCGUGUAUGUCCCUAUGUCCCCAUGUCCCCGUAUGCAUCCCCGUGUCUCUCUGCCUGUCCCCAUGGCCCCAUGUGGCCUCACAUGUCCCCUUGUGUCCCCAGGUAGCUCCACACGUCCCCCUGUUGUCCCCGUGGUCCCGUGUCUUCCGUGUCCUCGUAUGUCCCCAUCUUUUUGUGUCCUCGUGCGUCCCCCCUCGUCCCAUGUCCCUGUCCCCCAUGUUCUUAUGUCCCCACCAACCCGUGUCACUCCGUGUCCCUGGGUGUCCCCAUGUGUCCCCGUCUUCCCUUGCCCCUGUGUAUCCAUCGUCCCAUGUCCCCGUGUGUGUCCCCAAUGUCCUCGUGUCCCUGCGUGUCAUCUUCCCGUGUGCUCCCAUGUCCCCGUCCCCCAUGUCCCUGUGUGUCCCCGUGUGUCCCCAUCAUCCCGUGUCACUCUGUGUACCCACCAAGUCCCUGUGCCCCGCAUGUCCCCGUGUGUCCCCAUCGUCCUGUGUCCCUCUGUGCCCCGCCAUGUCCCUGUCUCUCAAUCUUCCCAUGUCCCCGUUGUCCCUUGUCCCUCAGCGUCCCCCAUGUCCCCGUGUGUCCCCCUGCCGCGUGAUGAGCCCUUACUCAGCCGAGCGCCAUCGCUGUCGGUUUUCCUGGGGACCGGACGAGCCCGUGUCCCCCUCACCCCGACACAGAGUCACCCCCGGGGUCCCCAUGUCCCCUCGGGGGGCCGGGUCUGGCCCAGGGGACGCCAAGAGCGGUGGCAGGACCCGGCCAGAGCUGGCACAGUCCGGGACGGGCGCUGUGAUGAGGGGACAGGCUGAUGGCGCGGGGACAUUGGGGACACUGGGGUCAGGGAUAUGGGGGACACUGGGGACAGGGUCCCUGGAGAUGGGGACACUGGGGACAGGGACCACAGAGGACAGGGACGGAGACCCAGGGAUGGGGACUAUGGGGACAGGGGACACUGGGGAUGGGAGCUAUGGAGACAAAGGACACUUGGGACAGGGACGGGGACUCUGUGGAGGGAGACUCUGGGGACAAGGGACCCUGGGGACAGGUUUAUGGGAUCAAGGGACGCUGGGGACAGGGACCUUGGGGAUGGUGACAGGGACCCUGAGAAUGGGGUCUGUGGGGACAAGACCUUGAGGACAGGGACAAGGGACGUUGGGGACAGGGACCCUGGGAACGGGGACUGUUGGGACAAGACCUUGACAACAGGGACAAGGGACUUUAGGGAUGGGGACUGUGGGGACAAGGGACCUUGGGGACCGGGACCUUAGGGAUGGGGACCCUGAGGAUGGGGUCCAUGGGGACAAGGGACCUUGAGGACAGAGACCCUGGGGACGGGGGUCUGUGGGGACAAGGGCCCCUGGGGACAAGGACCUCAGGGACAGAGAUCCUGAGGAUGGGGACAAGGGCCCCUGGGGAUGGGGACCUUGGGGACAGGGACCCUGGAGGUGGGGUCUGUGGGGACAAGGGCCCCUGGGGAUGGGAUGUAUGGGGACAAGCCCCCCUGGGGGACCCGGGGGGAGUGCCAGCGGCAGGCGGUGGCCCUGAGCG